CGUCUAUCCAGGCCCUGCAAAAUGUCAUCAAACAGUGGUAUUCAAAUCCCCAGCCGACUGCCUCUGCUGUUGCCUCAUGAGAUGGAGUGCUGUUACCCGGCCUCGACCAUGAGAAUCAGCGUCGACACGGCGAGAAACAUGCAGCUAGUCAAGAGCAGACUGCUGAAGGGAACCUCGCUAAAAAAAAGCACCAUCAUCGGGGUUAUUCCUAACACCAGAGACCCCGAGCACGACAGCGAUGAGCUCCCGUCCUUACAUAGGUUGGUGUGUGCUGGGUUAUAUAUACAGUUGUAUGGCAGCAACUGGCCGAAACCGCACUACACACUCUGCAUAAUUACGGGGUUGUGUCGCUUUCGUUGUGAACCAAGGCUCGAGGAGAGAACACCCUUCCUCGUGGCAGAGGUGGAACAGCUAGACAAACUGGAGCUGGUCACAGAAGGAGAUCAGGCUGAUGGAGAGCUGGGGGAGCUGUCACAGAGGUUCUAUCAGGCAGCUGUACAGGUCAACUGGUUGGGAAUGCUGGACAUGUCAGUGCCUGUGGUGGCUAAACUCAGGCGGCUGUUGGACAGUCUCCCUAAAGAAACCCUGCCGGAUGUCCUGGCCUCCAUGAUCGAGACUUCCAACAAAGAGAAACUGCAGGUGCAGGCAAUACCUUGGAGAGAACGGUUAAAGAGAGGCCUUCCCUUACUCACCAGACACAUGGAGGGGCUAAAGUUGCUGCAAAAGACCCGCAAACUCAGACCUGAUAGGGGGUUGGCCAUCCGUAAAGGUGGGUAUUCAGCAGGCCGUCAGUUCUAACGUGAGGAGGGGGAGGACGAGUGUGAUGACACAGCUGUGCGGAGAAGAAAGUGAAGGGCGGUGCACUAUGCUGUGAAGCAGACACUGCGUGUGUGUCUCAAGGAAGCUAAAAACGGUCUUAAUUGCCCACAGUCCAUGCCAGAAUAUGCCCUCACCCGCAAAUACCUGGAGAUGAUGGUAGAACUUCCAUGGAGCAAAAGCUUACAGAUUGCUCUGGAUAUCCGGGCGGCACGGGUGAUGUUGGAUAAUGAUCAUCAUGCCAUGGCGAAGCUGGAAAGAAGGGUGCUGGAGUAAUUUGGCUGUGCGGUAGCUCAAGAGCACUUUUUUAAGGGCCCUAUACUGUGUUUUGUGGGACCCCCUGGUGUGGGAAAGACCAGCGUUGGGCGUGUCCAUCGCCAAGCACGUCUUGGUCGAGAGUCUUCCAUCGCAUUGCCUUGGGGGGGAGUCUUUGAUCAGUCUGACAGCUCGCGGACCACAGGAACCGUUAGGCCGUGUGUCCACCAAAGGGUUUUAAGCCAGCUGAAAAUGCCACGUGCUCUUUUGAAAAUGCCUGCUUUGGACGACUUUUUAGAGCACUUUGGAGGCCUUAAUGGAAUGAUAAAUGAUGACAAUGUUUUGGACCCAGAGCAGAACCACAGCUUCACCGACCAUUAUCUCAACGUCCCAUUUGACCUCUCACAAGUCCUCUUCAUCGCCACAGCAAACAACACGGCCACCAUUCCUCCUGCCUUACUGGACAGAAUGGAAGUCCUGCAGGUGCCAGGAUACACCCAGGAGGAGAAGGUAGAAAUCGCCCAUCGGCACCUGAUCCCUCAUCAGCUGGAGCAGCAUGGACUGACCCCACAACAGCUCCAGAUCCCACAGGACACCACAAAGGAUAUAAUCAGUAGGUACACACGGGAGGCAGGCGUGCGCUCUUUGGAGAGGAAGAUCGGGGCCAUCUGUCGAGCAGUGGCUGUGAAGGUCGCUGAAGGUCAUAAGGUCUCUAGAGCAGAGUCCCCCGCUGAACAACAUGCAGAGCAGAAUACAGAGAACAAGGAGGAGGGUUCUGGGAUAACAGCACCUCCAGAGAUGCCAAUUGUUAUUGACCCCAUUGCCCUUAAGGAUAUUCUUGGACCGCCAGUCUUUGAAAUGGAGGUAUCAGAGCGACUGACCCUACCAGGUGUGGCGAUCGGGCUGGCCUGGACUCCGAUGGGUGGAGAGAUCAUGUUUGUGGAGGCCAGUCGUAUGGAAGGAGAAGGUCAGUUGACUCUGACAGGACAGCUGGGUGAUGUCAUGAAGGAAUCAGCCCAUUUAGCUAUCGGCUGGCUCCGCAGCAAUGCCAAAACAUACCUCCUCACUAACGGCAGCGCUGAUCCUCUGGAGGGUACCGAUAUCCACUUGCACUUCCCAGCAGGUGCCGUCACCAAGGACGGACCCUCCGCUGGUGUUACCAUAGUAACCUGCCUGGCCUCGCUGUUGAGCGGGCGGCUGGUGCGCUCUGAUGUGGCCAUGACUGGAGAGAUCACUCUGAGAGGACUGGUGCUGCCGGUGGGAGGUAUAAAGGAUAAAGUAUUGGCAGCUCACAGGGCCAAUCUGAAACGAGUUAUCAUUCCCAAACGCAAUGAGAAAGAUCUGGAGGAGAUACCUCCCCAUGUGCGAGCUGACCUGGAUUUUGUUUUCGCCAGCACUUUGGAUGAAGUCCUGAAUGCGGCCUUUGAUGGCGGGUUUCCCAUGGCUGUCAGUCAUCCACAAGUUGUCAGCAAACUCUAAGACUGUAGUUGCUAAACAGACUCAUGACAACACAAGACUUUUUUUUUUUUCUUCAUAGAGGAAGCUAUGCACUUAUUGUUUGUCACCUUAAGCAUUAAAUACUAGCAAAUCAGUUUUAUUCAAGUCAAUAUUCCUUUUCCUCUAAUUAAUUUAUGAUUUAAUGACAGAUGAUUGCUGUUGACAUUAUAAGAGUAUAAUUUUGUUCCUGUAGAACUGACAACAAAAGUUGAUCUAUGUUUAUACUGUAGAUAAUUAUACAAAUGCACAGGUUUAUAAAAAAAAAUUGUGAUUUAACCAACAUAUUUAGUGUUUUUCAUCAAAUGAAAUGGAUUAAUGAGUCAAAAUUCUUAAAUACGAAGACUGGUAAAUUCGAAUAUGUUGAUAACUAGGUACAAUUUAAAGGAAUAAAUUUUGAUAUGUCCAAUGAA